AUGUUGGCAGUAAUUCUUUUAGUGUGCACAACGGUUCUAGCAGGAAUCGGCCCGAAAACGGCCUGUGACCCACCGAUACCCGGCUGUAGCACGUGCGCAACGCCUCCUGGGGGCGAGCAGACAUGCACGGGCUGUGCGACGGUCGGACAGAAGGUCCAGCCGAACGGAAAGGGCUGCAUAGCGAAGUGCCCCGAUAACGCAAACGAGGCAGGAGGAAUCUGCACGUGCACGGAGACGUACCAGCCGUCAGAGGACGGGCUCACGUGUGUUCCGAAGGCAGGGGCCUGCAAUACUCCCAACUGCAAGGCCUGUGAUAACCCGAAGACUGACAGAGAGGUCUGCACUGAAUGUAAUGACAACAAUUAUCUCACUCCAACAAACCAGUGCAUACCUGACUGCACGACCAUCAGCGGAUACUAUGGAGAUACUGACAGGAAGUGUAAGGCAUGCAGCCCUGAGUGCGCUGAGUGCGUUGGGCCAGCCAACAAUCAGUGUAGUGCUUGUCCUGCUGGCAAGGCAUUAAUAUACAAAAGUAGUGAUCCUGUGCAAGGGGGCACCUGCGGGGAUGCGUGUACGGCGGACAAGAACGGAUGUAAGGUCUGUGGGGCAAGGAUCGGCGGGACAGACUACUGCUCCCAGUGCUCAGUGGAUAAUCAGGCUCCUCUGAACGGGGUCUGUACAACAAGUAACGCACGAGUAGCUUUCUGUACUGAAAUGAAUAAUGGAGCAUGUACCAAAUGCGCCGCUAACUACUUCCUCAAGGAAGGCGGCUGCUAUGAAACUACCAAGCAGCCAGGCAAACAGAUAUGCACAUUAGCUGAUAGCAGGGGUAAGUGCGAAACAUGUGCUAAUAGUCUUCGGCCCAAUGAUGGAGCAUGCCCCUCGUGUCAUUCAACCUGUAAUACAUGUUCAGCUGCAGAUAGCUCUGACCAGUGUACGUCAUGCGCAGCUGGGUACUAUAUGGUCGGAUCAGCAGCUGGACCAUGCACUUCGUGUGACAGCAACAGUGGAAGUGUCAAGGGAGUUGCUGGCUGCAUGAGCUGCGCUCCUCCAUCGUCUAGUACUGGCUCCGUUCUCUGCUACCUCAUGAACGGUGACAGUGCCGGUGGUAGCACGAACAAGAGCGGGCUCUCCACUGGCGCCAUCGCGGGGAUCUCCGUCGCAGUCAUCGUCGUUGUGGGGGGUCUCGUGGGCUUCCUCUGCUGGUGGUUCCUCUGCAGGGGGAAGGCGUAG